UCCAGACUUCAGCGAAGAGACAGAGAUUGCUUCCAACCUGAGUGAUGAGGCUGAACUACCAUGGCACCAUUCCAUGGACAUAAAUGGCACAGACACCCUAAACUCUACCACUAGCUCAUCAGCACAGAAGAAACGGCAACACCAUCAUGGCAAACACAAGAACCAGGGUAUCAGUGGAGUUCAUAGGGCCCCUCGUGCCCUCUUCUGUCUGACACUAAACAACCCCAUCCGAAGGGCUUGUAUCAACAUUGUGGAGUGGAAACCUUUUGAUAUUCUAAUACUCGUGACUAUUUUUGCAAACUGUGUGGCCUUAGGUGUACAUAUUCCUUUCCCUGAAGACGAUUCUAAUACUGCCAAUCAUAACCUGGAACAAGUAGAAUAUGUGUUUCUGAUCAUUUUUACAGUAGAAACCUUCCUAAAAAUCAUUGCCUAUGGAUUGGUGAUGCACCCGAGUGCCUAUAUCCGUAAUGGAUGGAAUCUUCUUGACUUUGUUAUUGUUAUAGUAGGACUGUUUAGUGUCAUUCUUGAACAGUUUACACACAAACAGGGAGACGCUCAUCACAUGGGAGGAAAGCCUGGAGGUUUCGAUGUCAAAGCACUUCGUGCUUUCAGAGUGCUACGACCUUUGAGGCUGGUCUCUGGGGUUCCAAGUCUUCAUAUUGUCCUAAACUCCAUCAUGAAAGCCAUGGUACCCCUGCUUCAUAUUGCACUUCUAGUUCUCUUCGUAAUUAUCAUCUAUGCCAUCAUUGGGCUGGAGCUCUUCAUUGGGAAGAUGCACAAGACGUGCUUUUACACUGGUACAGAUAUAAUGGCCGAAGAAGAGCCCGCACCCUGUGCAUUCUCAGGACAUGGCAGGCAGUGCACUGUUAAUGGCACAGUGUGCAGGGGUAAAUGGGAAGGUCCUAAUGGAGGAAUUACCAACUUUGACAACUUCUUUUUUGCCAUGCUGACAGUGUUCCAGUGCAUAACUAUGGAAGGGUGGACAGACGUCCUCUACUGGAUGCAGGAUGCCAUGGGCUAUGAGCUUCCCUGGAUAUAUUUUGUCAGUCUGGUCAUCUUUGGCUCUUUUUUUGUCCUGAAUUUGGUUUUGGGUGUAUUGAGUGGUGAAUUCUCCAAGGAAAGAGAGAAGGCCAAAGCUCGAGGAGACUUCCAGAAACUGAGGGAGAAGCAGCAACUGGAGGAAGACUUGAAGGGGUACUUUGACUGGAUCACACAGGCUGAAGACAUUGAUCCGGAGAAUGACGAUGAGGAGUUUGAAGGAAAACGCAACCGUGUCACUCUUGCUGACCUGACAGACAAAAGGAAGAACAAGCUUGGUUGGUUCAGUCACUCCAGUGAAACUCAUGCAAGCCUACCAGCCAGUGAAAACACUUCCGUGAACACAGAGAAUGUUGGGGAGGAAGAACACAUUGGUUGUUGCACACGCUGCAUGAGCAGGAUUACUAGGUCAAGACUAUGCCGUCCUUUGCGUCGAUGCAACCGUUUCAUCAGGAGGAAGUGUCGUGCUGCAGUGAAGUCUGUCACAUUCUACUGGAUAGUAUUACUGCUGGUGUUUCUUAAUACGUUGACGAUUGCCUCGGAACAUUACAACCAGCCUGAUUGGCUGACUCAGAUACAAGGUAUUGCAAACAAGGUUCUCCUUUCCCUUUUCACAGUAGAGAUGUUACUGAAGAUGUAUAGUCUAGGCUUGCAGGCUUACUUUGUCUCCUUCUUUAACCGUUUUGACUGUUUUGUUGUUUGUGGUGGCAUUAUGGAGACCAUCCUUGUGGAAUUUGAGAUCAUGCCACCACUGGGAAUCUCUGUGCUUCGAUGUGUCAGAUUGCUGAGGAUCUUCAAAGUGACAAGACAUUGGGCAUCACUCAGCAAUUUGGUGGCCUCCCUUCUAAACUCCAUGAAGUCAAUUGCUUCAUUACUGCUUCUUCUGUUUCUCUUCAUCAUAAUCUUUUCACUGCUGGGGAUGCAACUUUUUGGAGGAAAAUUCAACUUUGAUGAGACACAAACUAAACGUAGCACUUUUGAUACAUUUCCGCAGGCUCUGCUUACAGUGUUCCAGAUUUUAACAGGAGAAGACUGGAACACUGUAAUGUAUGAUGGUAUCAUGGCAUAUGGAGGACCCUUCUUCCCGGGCAUGCUGGUCUGUGUCUACUACAUCAUUCUUUUCAUAUGUGGUAACUAUAUCCUGCUGAAUGUGUUCUUGGCUAUCGCUGUAGACAAUCUGGCAGAUGCUGAGAGCAUCAAUACAUCUUCGAAGGAAGGAGAUGAAAAGAGGAAAAAUAAGCUCAUAUUAAAAGGUCUUCCUGACAAAAAAACUAAGGAGGAAACUAGUUCAGAAAAAAAGCAAAUCCCAAGAAGGCAAGACAUCCCUGUCAGUAAGAAACUAAGCAUUGAUCAAUAUGAUGAACAUGUAAACGAAAAGAAAGAUCCAACGCCUCAGUCAGACUUUCCUGGUGUUGAUGAUGAUGAUGAACCUGAGGUGCCACUGUCACCACGGAUGCCUCCCUGAUCGGACUUUGCCCCCAAGGAGAAGGUGGUACCCAUUCCAGAGGGCAGUGCAUUCUUUAUCCUAAGCAGCACCAAUCUGAUCAGAGUCGGUUGCCACAAGCUUAUACAUCAUCAUGUCUUCACCAACCUAAUUUUGGUUUUUAUCAUUCUAAGUAGUAUUUCUUUGGCUGCCGAAGAUCCUAUCCGAGCACACUCUUUCAGAAAUCAUAUUCUUGGCUAUUUCGAUUAUGCAUUUACUGCUAUCUUCACCAUAGAGAUCUUGUUAAAGAUGACAGCCUUUGGAGCAUUCCUACACCAUGGCUCAUUCUGUAGGAACUGGUUCAAUCUGCUGGACUUGCUGGUUGUGAGUGUUUCACUCAUCUCAUUUGGAAUACACUCAAGUGCUAUCUCAGUGGUUAAGAUUCUUCGUGUCUUAAGAGUUCUUAGACCCCUAAGAGCUAUCAACCGUGCCAAAGGACUGAAGCAUGUUGUUCAAUGUGUGUUUGUUGCAAUCAGAACCAUUGGAAACAUCAUGAUUGUCACCACACUCUUACAGUUCAUGUUUGCCUGCAUCGGUGUUCAACUCUUCAAGGGAAAGUUUUACAGUUGUACUGAUGAAGCAAAGCAUACACCUGAAGAAUGCAAAGGCACAUUCAUUGUGUACAAAGACGGAGAUGUAACUCAUCCUAUGGUGAGAGAACGCAUUUGGUAUGACAGUGAGUUCAACUUUGACAAUGUAUUAUCUGGGAUGAUGGCCCUUUUCACUGUUUCAACCUUUGAAGGAUGGCCUGCUCUUCUAUAUAAAGCAAUAGAUGCUAACGGUGAAAAUAUGGGACCAAUAUAUAACUACCGUGUGGAAAUUUCCAUCUUCUUCAUUGUCUAUAUCAUCAUUAUUGCCUUCUUCAUGAUGAACAUCUUUGUGGGUUUUGUCAUCAUCACCUUCAGGGCUCAGGGGGAGCAGGAGUACAAGAACUGUGAGCUGGACAAGAACCAGCGUCAGUGUGUUGAGUACGCACUAAAAGCCCAACCACUGCGCCGGUAUAUCCCAAAAAACAAGUACCAGUAUAAGGUGUGGUAUAUGGUCAACUCCACAGGCUUUGAGUACAUCAUGUUUGUUCUUAUUCUGCUUAACACAAUCACACUUGCUAUGCAGCAUUAUGAACAGUCAACGCCAUUCAAUUAUGCAAUGGAUAUACUAAACAUGGUUUUCACAGGGCUUUUUACUGUGGAAAUGGUCCUGAAGAUUAUAGCCUUUAAACCAAAGCACUACUUCUGUGAUGCAUGGAACACAUUCGACGCACUUAUUGUUGUUGGCAGUGUGGUAGACAUUGCUGUAACAGAGGUCAAUACCUUCCUCCAAACCAGUGGUGGCCGUUUCUGCAUGGGUGGUGGUGUGGGAAAUAUCGAUUCUGAAGACAGUUCCCGCAUUUCAAUUACAUUCUUCCGUCUCUUCAGAGUAAUGCGACUAGUCAAACUUCUGAGCAAAGGUGAAGGGAUUCGUACUCUUCUUUGGACAUUUAUCAAAUCUUUUCAGGCUUUGCCUUAUGUAGCUUUGCUGAUUGCAAUGAUUUUCUUCAUCUAUGCUGUAAUUGGCAUGCAGACUUUUGGAAAAAUAGCAAUGCAGGACAAUACCCAGAUAAAUCGAAACAAUAAUUUUCAGACUUUUCCUCAGGCUGUGUUGUUGCUUUUCAGGUGCGCAACUGGUGAAGCCUGGCAAGAGAUCAUGCUUGCAAGUAUGCCUGGCAAAAGGUGUGAUCCGGAGUCCGACUAUGGUCCAGGAGAAGAAUUCACUUGUGGCAGUAACUUUGCCAUAAUCUACUUCAUCAGCUUUUUCAUGCUUUGUGCUUUUUUGAUCAUAAACCUGUUUGUGGCUGUCAUCAUGGAUAACUUUGACUACCUCACCCGUGACUGGUCUAUCCUUGGUCCACACCACUUGGAUGAAUUUAAGAGGAUCUGGUCAGAGUAUGAUCCUGAGGCAAAAGGCCGUAUCAAGCAUUUGGAUGUGGUCUCUUUGCUCAGACGUAUCCAGCCUCCUUUGGGAUUUGGAAAGUUGUGCCCCCACAGAGUAGCCUGUAAGAGGUUAGUAGCAAUGAAUAUGCCACUGAACAGUGAUGGAACUGUCACUUUUAAUGCAACACUGUUUGCCUUAGUUCGGACUGCACUCAAGAUUAAAACUGAAGGAAAUCCAGAUCAAGCCAAUGAAGAACUAAGGAUUGUCAUUAUGAAGAUCUGGAAACAUGUCAAGCAGAAGGUCUUAGAUGAGGUGAUUCCUCCACCUGAAGAUGAAGAUGUAACAGUCGGCAAAUUCUAUGCAACAUUUUUGAUCCAGGACUACUUUAGAAAAUUCAGGAAGAGAAAAGAAAAAGGACUUCUGGGCACAGAAUCUGGAAAUAGCAACUCAUCAGCGUUGCAGGCAGGCCUGCGAACUCUGCAGGAUCUGGGACCAGAGAUUCGUCGUGCAUUGUCCUGUGACAUGAAUGAAGAAGUCAUUGAUGAAAAUGGAGAGAAUUACAAGGUUAUCACUUAA